UAGGCGAAGGGGGCGGAGCUCUGGCGUGGGGCGGCCAAUAGUGGGGGUGGCUGCGUGGGUCGCCAUGGGGACGGGGCUGUUCCCGGGGAGGCUGUGAUGGGUUGACAGGUGCGUGACAGUGGGAGCUGCUCUCGGCACAAGCAUGUACGGCAAAGGCAAGAGUAACAGCAGCGCCGUCCCGUCCGACAGCCAGGCCCGGGAGAAGUUAGCACUCUACGUAUAUGAAUAUCUGCUUCAUGUAGGAGCUCAGAAAUCAGCUCAAACAUUUUUAUCAGAGAUAAGAUGGGAAAAAAACAUCACAUUGGGGGAACCACCAGGAUUCUUACAUUCUUGGUGGUGUGUAUUUUGGGAUCUCUACUGUGCAGCUCCAGAGAGACGAGAAACAUGUGAACACUCAAGUGAAGCAAAAGCCUUCCAUGAUUAUAGUGCUGCAGCAGCUCCCAGUCCAGUGCUAGGAAACAUUCCCCCAGGAGAUGGCAUGCCAGUAGGUCCUGUACCACCAGGGUUCUUUCAGCCUUUUAUGUCACCUCGGUACCCUGGAGGUCCAAGGCCCCCAUUGAGGAUACCUAAUCAGGCACUUGGAGGUGUCCCAGGAAGUCAGCCAUUACUCCCCAGUGGAAUGGACCCAACUCGACAACAAGGACAUCCAAACAUGGGUGGGCCAAUGCAGAGAAUGACUCCUCCAAGAGGAAUGGUGCCCUUAGGACCACAGUCUGACCCUUGGUUAUCAUUACAGAACUAUGGAGGUGCAAUGAGACCCCCACUGAAUGCUUUAGGUGGCCCUGGAAUGCCUGGAAUGAACAUGGGUCCAGGUGGUGGUAGACCUUGGCCAAACCCCACAAAUGCCAAUUCAAUACCAUACUCCUCAGCAUCUCCUGGGAAUUAUGUAGGUCCUCCAGGAGGUGGAGGGCCACCAGGAACACCCAUCAUGCCUAGUCCAGCAGAUUCAACCAACUCUGGAGAUAACAUGUAUACUUUAAUGAAUGCAGUACCUCCUGGACCUAACAGACCUAAUUUUCCAAUGGGCCCUGGGUCAGAUGGUCCCAUGGGUGGAUUAGGAGGAAUGGAGUCACAUCACAUGAAUGGCUCUUUAGGCUCAGGAGAUAUGGACAGUAUUUCCAAGAAUUCUCCCAAUAAUAUGAGCCUCAGUAAUCAACCGGGCACUCCAAGGGAUGAUGGUGAAAUGGGGGGAAAUUUCUUAAAUCCUUUUCAGAGUGAGAGUUACUCCCCUAGCAUGACAAUGAGUGUGUGAUCCAUUACCAAGUCUCAUGAAAACCACAGUGAGUCAGCCCUUCACAGAACUACUACGGAAGAAAAUUAUUCAUCACAGUGUACAGUUAAACAAAGGAAUCUCAGUCACACCAAACCAACCUUUUUAUUUCCUGCUCUCUCCCCUACUUUGUGAAGAAAGCGGGUCCAAACGCGAUUCAAGCAACUGUACGGAGCGGCAUUUUAGAAUUGCCCUAAACUGAACUGCAAAUAAUUAUCUGUGUAUGUAUAUGUGUGGGAAAGAGAAUGUAUUGUAUAUGUGUAUACUAUAUGGACAUAUACACAUACAUACACUGACCCACAGGACAUUGUAAAAUAUUAUCACAUGACAUCUUAAGUAGAAAUAAGUAGGGACUUUUAUUCCAUCCUUUUUUUCACGUUUACAUUUUAAUUAUUAAAAGUUGCUCCUGUCCCCUUCCUGAACUAUUUUGUGCUGUGUAUAUCACUGCUUUAUAUAAGUUAUUUUUUAAGGUGAACUCAGAUGUUAUGGUUUUGUAAAUGUCUGCAAUCAUGGAUAGGAAUAAAAUUGCUUAUUUGAGAGCUUUCAUUAAAUUGCGUCUGAUGCAAGUUAUCCUGUGAAUCACAAAGUGUACUCUCUCAAAAACGGAAGAAAGUGUGUCAUCUUUGUGUCAAAUCAAACAAUUUCUCAGUUACCUUCAGUGAAAAGUAAUUUUGUACUUUUUAUUUGAGAAAAACACUUCAAAUCAACAAAAGCUCAUCUGGGGCCUCACACUAUAUUUCUGCAAUAACUGCAACAAGUGGAGUUCUUGAUUUGUUUGUCUUAGAUGAUACAGGAAUCAUUAAUUAGUCCAAAUUACUUAGACCAUAGCAAUAAAGUGACAGGGACUGUCAUAUUUUUUAGCAACAUGUUUUAUCUUUAACAAGAUAAAGCCCAGAGUGAUAACAAAACCAUUUGCUUGAAUUUUUUACUUUUCAACAGGAGUGUUAAAAGUAAAUUUUUAAUAACCUGCCAAUGUGAAAUGGUAUCUGAUUUUUAUUCAGACUUUUUGUGAACAUAUCCACAUGGACAGUGCAAGCAGAUACAUUGAAAUGAUUGAGACUUUUAGCACAAGGAAGGGAGAAAAGAGUUAUUGCCACACAUCUGAGGGCCUCUGGAGUGCUGCUUUUCUGUUCAGGUAUCUUGCUUGCCAGCACCACAAUUGUCUGGUAUCAGUCACUUCUGUACAUAUCUACUCACUGGCAGUAGAGUACCUGCUCUGUAUCUGGGAUAUAGGGAUUUUAUUCAGAAACAAAUUUUCCAUAGUAACUUUGCUUCGUGUGGCCAUUGACUUUAGCAGUUUAAAUCUAAUUGUGUAACUGACUGUUCAGGAAAUACUAAGUAAAUGUUUUAAAAAAAAGAAAAUUCACUUUCCUUAUGAAAAGCACCUAGCUCUAUGGCACUUUCUGGAUCUUUUGGGGUUU